AUGAAUUCGCCGGAAGCAUCAACAACUGUUACGAAUUCCAGCAAAGACUUUAUUAGGAUAGCAGUGGAAGAGUGGGGAACUUGGGUCGGACUGCAUCGAGACAAUGAUGAAAAAUUGUACAUUACUGGACCUAUGAGCAACUUCCUGGACAUACUUUCGGAUAAGCUAAAUUUUGAUUAUGUUUUGUCUCAACCAGCAGAUCAUGUGUGGGGGAUGCUCUUAUCGAACGGAAGUUGGACGGGUAUGCUGGGCAUGUUGCAGAGAGAGGAGGCUGAAUUCGCUCUCGGACCCUUUGGAGUAUCAGCUUCCAGAGCCACUGUCUGCGAUUUCUCUGUCUCAGUCAAAACGGAGUCCACAGGCAUCAUGAUAGUGAGGCCGACGUUGCAGAGUGACGUCACGGGAUUCCUCAGACCUUUCGAUCUGACGGUCUGGAUUCUAAUCAUCGCAAGUUUGGUGGCCGUUUUUGCAACUUUUGCCGUCGUCAUGUGGAGUGAGGGGAAAAUAUUUGGCCGUGAACACAAGAAUCCUGUGGCAACCUCAGCUCUGUGGGUCGUGAAAGCACUCACCCAAGAAAGUACCCACCGUUUACCAAAGACGGACGGCAGCAGAGUGGUCGUGGUCACUUGGCUCUUGGCAUCUCUUGUGUUUAUGUCAUCAUACAGCAGCAUCUUGACAGCUAAGCUGACGGUGCCGAAGGUCGAUAUUCCCAUAAACUCGAUGCAGGACCUCGUGACCCAGAAUGAUAUUCCGUGGCGCCUUGAAUCAGGGUCAUUCUUACUCCAGUAUUUCAAGGAGGCGCCAAGCGGAGUUCGGAAGCUCAUCUACGACGGCCACACAGGCAACGUCCCAGACUGCUGGGCAGCGAGGGCACCGAUCUCGACAGGAGAAUUUGCCGUCAUUUGUGACCACACCUCUAUGAAGAACGCCAUGUCUUGGGACUUCAGCACAACCGGGUCAUGUCACCUGUACAGAUCUAAAGAAGUAAUCAACACUUUCAAUUUAGCCGUGGCCUUCAGAACUUCGUCUAAAUAUAGGGAGCAAAGCGAUUAUUGGAUUCUGAGAAUGAAAGAAUCGGGGAUCAUCGAGCAAUGGUUAAACAGGGGUGUGGUUAACACUUCGCACUGUCUCAAACCGCCUUCAGCCGACUUCAGUUCCCAAAAGGUCACUCCCCUUGGCUUCAAGUCUUUUGUGGGACCUAUGCUUGCACUGGCAGCAGGACUGACCCUGGCCUUUCUAAGCUUCUUUAUGGAGUACUUAGCCUUCUGCCUUACGUCCGACGACCAAGCCGUAGACAGCCAUGGUCUCUGGAGGGAUGCAAAUCCUCGUAGUUUCGGGUCCCGUUUUAAAUAACGCCACCCAAUCAAGACAAGCGACUAAUUGCUGAAGACGAGAGCGAAUUUGAAGCAAAGAAACUGAAGUUAAACAUCGUAGAAUAAACAAUAGAAUAAUCUUCGAAGUUUCCGAGCGUUUUACAAGAUCAGAUAUAUGUAUAAUCCUUCCUCCUUCCAGUGCUGGAUAAAGUAAAAUAUGGAAAUUUCUAUUUUCAGACAUUAAUAAAAAGAAGGGACUAUCCUCUUAGGGAAUUCGAUGUCAAUAAUGCCAUUCAA